AUGACUCUGCUUAGUUCCUUUAGACUGUUGCGCACGGCGACACAGGCUCGCUGCAUUAGCAGCGCUCAGAAGAAUUUGGCCGCUGCCAUCGAAGAGCGCUACGCGUGCAAAGCCUUCCUGUCCACGCCUGUCUCCGAUGAGACGCUCAAGGAGAUCCUGAAGCUCACAUUGCGCGCCCCGACGGGCUUCAACGUGCAGCCCUAUGUGUGUGUGUUGGUGCACGAACCAAAGUACCUUGUGAAACUAGCGGAAGGCAUGAUGGAUAGAUAA